GUGCCUUAGACCGCUGCAUCACUCGGAAUGCCCAAACACAUUUUUUUAAAGGGUGACCCGCACCUGAAUGGACCCGAGAACAAUUGAACCCGAAUUUUGGGUUCAGUCAAACCCAUGAAGACCUCUACCCCCACACCAGUGGGUUGCCAGUGUUUUAUGUUUAAUGUAAGCUCCAGUGUAAUUGCAUUUCCUUCAGGAGUGUGACACUAAAGACAGGGCGAGCAGAAUCAACAACCUCUGUGUCAUUCAAGAUGGUUGAUUUGUGAGAAGGUGCUGAAGUUCCCAGUUAGCCAGUGUUAUGUAAAACAGACAAGUCUGAGUUUUUUGGGUUAACAACCAGGGUAAAUCCUCAAGGGAAACUCACUAUUAAUGUGUUUGUAUUCUGUUUAAAAAAAAUUUAAUGUAAGUAUUUCCCAGGUACAUCAUACAGAGGAAACUGCAUGCCUGAGCGUAAGGACAAAUAAUGUGUAUCUCAAUAGUAAGAACUGGGCAGGUGAGAACAAAUGUAUGAGUUCUCAGAUCAGUAGACCAGAUAAGGAAAGGAGACCAGAGGAGGAAGCCAAGAACUUUAACGAACAAAAUACUAAAAUAAAAUUUCAGCAAAAAAAAGAAGUGUUCUGUGCCUUUAAGAUUGUGACCUGCCGUAAACCGUCACGGUAAUGUAGUAAAUCAAUAACACGUGUAAAAAAAAAUAUUUUAUGAAGCUAGCGACAUGAAGAUGGGGAUUUUGGUGUCAAUUUAUCUAUGAUACCAGUAUUUAUUCAAACUAAUACGAUGUUGAUCCUUGCAGUUGAAGAUACAUUGUCAGAAUUUAAAUAAUUUGAGUAGUUUUUAAACGAUUCAAAGGAAAGAAUCAUGUUCGUGGCAGUGGAGAUGGUUGACACUGUCAGAAUCCCCCCAUGGAAUUUCCAGCGGCAGUUCAAUGAAGCCAUAGCCGAAGAACUCAACAAGAAAUUGGCCAAUAAGGUGGUUUACCAGGUUGGCCUCUGUAUCUGUUUGUAUGACAUCACAAAACUGGAGGAUUCCUACAUAUUUCCAGGUGAUGGAGCUUCCCACACCAAAGUCCACUUCAGGUAUGUUGUGUUCCACCCUUUUUUGGAUGAGAUUCUUGUUGGAAAGAUCAAGUACUGCAGUCAAGAAGGAGUACAUGUCAGCCUAGGAUUCUUUGAUGACAUCGUCAUUCCCCCAGAGUCCCUACAGCAGCCUGCAAAAUUCGAUGAAGCGGAGCAGGUGUGGGUGUGGGAGUAUGAGACGGACGAAGGGGCCCAUGACCUCUACAUGGACCAAGGUGAGGACAUCCGCUUCCGGGUCACAGAUGAAGUCUUCUUGGACACGUCGCCCACAGGCCCUUCUGCCGCAGCAACCAACUCCCCUGCAGCUCCAGGAGCAGAGGAGGGUGGCCAGAAGAAAGAGGCCCCUUACACACUGCUAGGUACCAUUAGCGAGCCAGGCUUGGGCCUCCUGUCCUGGUGGAACAGCUAGCGAAAGGAGAGACCAUUACAGUACAGAAAACGGGAGACGGCUGUCAAGUAUUCAUCCCAGCUGCUGGACAUAAACCUUCUUUUUUAGACCCUUCUCAGUCACUCCUCCCAGGUUGUGACUUUAACACUGGAGAAACAUGCCUCUGUGAAGUGUCCACAAGGCUAAUAGACACAGAACUUUGGGCUCAAGUAGAGGAGCCAGGAUUCCCAUAAUAGGAAUGGCAGACCCAAGAACAAGGGACCAGUAGCAAGGAUUUCUAAUAGAGCACCCAGGCCGGGGACAUGGAAACUGCCUCACUUGCAAAGGUGUAGAUCCACUUCCCCCUGUAUAUUGUAAAUACUACCACCAUAACUGUUAACGUACCAGCAGUUACACCCGGUGCACAUGACUGUAAGAAAGACUGACUAAAGGGCCCCAAUUGGCCUAUUUAGUGUCACCAUGUAAGUCUGUGAGUGUUCAGUUGAACAAAUAAUGGAGUGAGUGUGCCUAAAUAUACAAUUGUGUGUUGUCUUUGUGACCAGUAUAAUGUUUCAUCAGUGAUAAUUUUUGUUUGCAUGAUUUUGAGUUGGGUUAUUUAAGCAAUAAGGCCCAAGGACAUGAUGGUAUAUGGCCAAUAUACCACGGCUAAGGGCUGUUCUUA